UGUUGGGGUUCUCUCUGGAUUUCUGCUUUCUGACUUUCUGUGAGGAUUUUUGACGGUUUAAUGAACCUUUAGGUGUUUUUAUAGUUUUUAAAAUUAUUUGAGGUGGGCUUGUAGUCAGAAGUGCAACAUUCAGACUCACCUCAUUGUAAUUAAAUCCGAGUUGAUACUAGUAUCAUUACAAAAGAGAGCUAUCUUCCUCAGAAGCAAACAAUGAAGCUGUUUCUGCUCUGCAUUCUCCUGACUAUUGGACUGAGUUCUGCACUCCGCAGCUCACUCAACGACUACCAGCGCUCCGAGGGCAGGGAGCUCGUUCCGACCGCCUGGAACGCGGCUCGGAUGCAGAUGUUGCCGGGUUUGAACUUGGAGGAGUGCGCAAGCCGCUGCUCACACUCUCAGGACUGCAGAGCUUUCAACUACGAGAUUCGUCCGAUUGGCACCUGUAAACAUCUGCCCUGGGUUGCCGACGGCAGCAACGCAGAAAUAAAGAGAAACGUCAACUGUGACCUUUACGAGAAGAAAGUUUAUGUAAGGAAGUGCAUUGUGGGUAAAGGGGAAGACUACCGGGGGAAAGUUUUCACCACAAAAAGUGGACUCACCUGCCAGCAGUGGUGGUCAAAGUUUCCUCACGAUCACAGAUGGACUCCUUCGCCUACCAACGGUCUGGAGCUGAACUACUGCAGGAACCCGGACGGGGAUCGGAUCGGGCCGUGGUGCUACACCACCGACCCGGAGCGACGCUACGAAAGCUGCAACAUCCCACAGUGCAAAGACGAGGUGUGCAUCACCUGCAACGGGGAAGACUAUCGAGGCCAGGUGGAUCACACUGAGAGCGGCAAAGAGUGUCAGAGAUGGGAUCAGCAAUUCCCUCAUCAACACAUCUACCAGCCUGAAAAGUACCCUGACAAGAGCUUAGAUGAUAAUUACUGCCGUAACCCGGAUGCCUCUCCGGUGCCGUGGUGUUACACCACCGACCCUGAAACAGAGAGAGAGAGCUGCGACAUCAGCAAAUGCACUGAAGUCCUUGUGGAGAAGAGGCAGCGCUCCAGCUUCACCACCAACUGCUUCAGAGGCCGAGGCGAAGACUAUCGUGGCAAAGUCAACGAGACGGCGUCUGGCAUCCCCUGUCAGCGAUGGGACGUCCAGGUUCCUCAUCGGCAUCCUUUCAUCCCAAACAUCUACGAGUGCAAAGGUCUAGAGGAAAACUACUGCCGUAACCCAGACGGUUCUGAGGCUCCCUGGUGUUUUACGUCAGUGCCAGAGAUGAGGACUGUUCUCUGCCUGCAGAUCAAACGCUGCGCUGAUGACAUAGAGGCCGAGGACUGCUACAAUGAAAAUGGGAAAAACUACAGAGGUGUCGUCCGCAAAACUCGCAAAGGCAUCACCUGUCAGAAAUGGAACGUGAACACACCUCAUCAGACCAGAAUAAACCCACGGACGCACCCGGACGCCAACCUGACGGAGAAUUAUUGUCGUAACCCAGACGGGGACCAACACGGGCCCUGGUGCUACACCACUGACCCCAAAACUGAGUUUGACUACUGCGCCAUUAAACAGUGUGCUGGAGAAAAAGUCCCACUGACAGAAACUGUAGAGACGGUGGAGUUCAGCGAGUGCGGGAAGAGAGACGACCGUCCCCAGCCGACCAUGUUGCGUAUCGUGAAUGGAAUCCCUGGGAACUCGCCGUGGACUGUGAGCCUCAGAGACAGGAAAGGAAACCACUUCUGUGGAGGAUCUCUGGUGAAUCCCAGAUGGGUGAUCAGCACAAAGCAGUGCUUCUCCUCCUGCUAUGUGGACCUUCCUGGAUACUCCGCCAUGAUGGGAACUCUUUUCCGUGACCCGCAGGAAGGAGAGCCUGGCGUGCAAACCAUUCCUCUCACCAAGAUUGUGUGUGGACCCUCUGAGUCUCAGCUGGUCAUGCUGCAGCUGGAGUAUCCGGCCCAGUUCAACGAGCGUGUCUCUCAGAUUUGCCUCCCUCCUGAGCGCUACAUAGUGCCCGAGCGCACAAAGUGUGAAAUAGCUGGAUGGGGUGAGACGAGAGGGACGGGAGAUGAGACGGUCCUCAAUGUUGCACAUGUGCCGGUUAUCAGCAACACUGAAUGCAACAGAUACUUCAGAGGUCGUGUUCGGGAAAAUGAGAUGUGCACAAACUCUUUUCAGGCUGGAGUUGGUGCCUGUGAGAAAGACUAUGGCGGGCCUCUGGCGUGUCAGAACGGCGACUGCUGGGUGCUGGAGGGCGUGAUCAUCCCCAUGAGGCGCUGCGGACACCCGGGACAGCCCAACAUUUUCAUUCGCGUGUCUGUGUACGUAGACUGGAUCAAGAAGGUCAUGGAGAUGGCUUAGCUGUCUAGGAACUGAGUAAAUGCUUCAACAUUCGCAAGAGAUGCACAUUUUUAUUCUGUUAGAGGUUAAAACUUGUGCUAAUCAAACUGGACAAUUGGGAUUUAUGUGCAGGUUUGUGUAGCUAUGAUGCCACAGUGUUACCAGGAAGGGCUCUUACUGUAAACAUUAAGACAGUGUAAUUUGUUGUUUUGUAUCUGCUCGACGUUCUUUUAUUGCACUUAAACUUGGAGAUAAUUCAUUCUGACAAUGUUGGUGUUUGCUAACAUUAUGCUUUACAUUAUGGACUCCUUACGUUUUAAAGGGCCAGUAUUGUCAAGACAUGGUGGCGUGUGAUAGCACAAUAAAGUAACUACGUUACUUUCAGUUGUUAUAAAAAACUGCAUAUAUCAAACUCAACUUAAAAGAAAUUUUGCUUUUUAAUUUAAGGCCUUGAAAUUGGGCCUCUGUCCCUUUAAGAAGCUCUGAAACUCUGCCGUCAGGAGGUCAUCACAAUGAUGUUCCUCCAUUUACUCUUUAACAAUGUUUUUACCAGUGUUUCACUCAGACGUUGCUCCUAUAGUGAACUGAGCAGAUGCAGGCCCACUAGGUGUUUGCUAAUUGCUUCUGGCUAGUCUGAAGGAACUGAGUGCUGCACUUUGAAUCAAGGAGAAGCUGUAAGUACUGACUUAUUGAUCUGUUUUAAUGAAUUCAAUCCCUUUAGCAAAAUGUUUACUAACAAAAGUUGCUAUGUAUGUUUUGGAGUAAUUUUAUGACAAAGGGGCAGACAAAAGUGUAAGAGGUGAAAUGUUCAAUAUCUAACCACAUUUUAGAGGAGCAGAUGAGGUAUUUCUGACUUUCCAAAUUAGAAAACCAACUUUUUGGUUUUUCCUCUGGGAUUUUUCAGUCCUUCAGAGUUGAAUUUGUGUACAAAUGUAUAAUAUGCUAAUGCAUACAUCUCCAUGAUUAAUUUAAGUACAUCUACAUUCUGACUCCUGCUCUUAUAAAUGUUCUUCUUGAUAAUAAUUAUUGUUUUUAAAGUUGUAUAUUGUCGUCUCAGGCCAAAUAUGAAAAGAUAAUUAACAAAAAAAGGUUUUUGAAACAAGAACAACACAAAGCUUCACACUUGGUUUGUACAAUAUUUUUGCAAACUAAAAUCUAAAAUAUUUGUCCUCAUGCUUCUUUGCAAAAUGGUUGAAGCUCCAUUAGAAUAAAAGAGAACAAGUUUGUGAAUUUUAGGUUUUGAGAAUCGCCACAGGUUUUCAAUUAGAUCUCAGCCAGUUUUACACAUUAAUAUGUCUGUAGCUGAACCAUUUAAUUGUUGCUUUGUUAGGUUUAAGAUUAAGAUUGUUGUCUUGCUGGAAGAUGAAGCUCUGCCACAACCUAUUUUAGCAGGAUUUUCUUGUGUUUAUUUCCAUCCAUCCCCAAAGAAAAAUAUCCCUCAGCAUGAUGCUGCCUCCACCAUAUUUUGCCGGAGGUUAGGGAUAUCAGUCGUCUACCCACCCCUUGCAAGAACAAGCUGGUAUAGACGAUGGAUGAAUACAUAUCUACUCCAAAAAUUGAAAGCAUGCAUCAUUUUCUCUAAACUUUCUAAUUACCCAUUACAAAAUCCCAAUAAAUAAUAUAAAAAAGAAAAGUUAGAGGCGUGCAUACUUUUCCAAAGAACUGUAUCAAAUGAGUUGUUUCCCAUCUGGGUGAGACAAGAAGCACCGCAAGAGAAGAGUUUGGUUUAUAGCGGAGUUUUAAAGAUCCGAACAUCCACCCCCCUGUAAGUACUCCCAUUACUACAAAACUGUACGCCUCCCCCUGUCUCGCCUUGGCAUUGAGUGGAAGCUCCAAAAUACAUUCUUUGCCCCCAGCCUCUAAAAAGAAAUCCCUCCUCUGCCUGUCUUUUGAUGCCUGCCCCACCUCCAAAGACAUGCCUUUGUGCCUUAUGCAGAACUGUAUGCGCUGCACAUUCUUUCUAGUUCUAUAGGAGGAUUUUUGUAACCCGGUCCUGAUGAGCCCACGGAAUUCAGCUUAAAUAAACCUCAAGAUCAGAGUCCGACCAAAUCUCCGACUGCAGAGGGCCACUGAACUCUCACAUGUGGACACGCUGCAAAAAAAAAAAAAAAAAAAAACUCCCUGCAGUGUCUUCCUCUUGUUGGUUUUGGUACCAACGUUUUACCUGUGCAUGCAGCAUCUUUGUUUUGUUUUUCUUAUUUUCUGCACAAACAGAAACUAAUAGAGACUGAUUGUGGACGUUGAUGGAUGAUUUCUCUUCACUUUCACUUAGUAAUACGUAAAGAUGAUGACAGGUCCAGUUCAUAAAUGAGUACAAGUUCUCAGCAGCACUUGCAGAAGCUUCUGGUAAGCCUGACUAAAAUGCUGAGAAAAACUGCCACAAAGAUAUGCCACUGUUUUUCUUGUUACUCUGUUUUCUGCUAUAAUAACUUGAGAAAUCCCGUGUAUUAUUAGUGAAUUAAACGCUUUACCGUA